UCUGCGGAUUUGAUCUCUUGAGAUGCGGAAAUGGUUCAAAGAGUUUGGUCAUAGAUGUUAACGGAUGGAGUUUUGUGAAGGGAAACGAGUCCUAUUUCGACAGGACAGCCGAUAUUCUCCUCGCCAUCUGCAAACGACUUAUGGCCUCUCCCCUUCGAGCGUCCACCAUAUCGGAACAAGCAAAUCCUCCUGAAGCUCCAUCAUGGAAGCUUAAGGCGAACGUUACUGUCUUACGACAUGCUGAUCGGACGCCAAAGCAGAAGUUAAAGUACAACUUCCCUAUCACCGAGCCGUGGGUGCAGCCAUUUGUGCGGCUACUCAACGGAGAAAAGGAGGAGGUCAUAUUACGAGAGAAGGAACAGCUUCAGACUAUCGCUACUGCGAUCGAGGAGGCUAGAUCUUUAGGCGCCGUUGGCGAGGAUCUUGGUAAACUAUCGGCACUAAAUAAUGCUCUAUUUAGAAAGAUCGAUCUCCCUGGCACUAAGGCUCAAUUGAAACCAGGGUAUAAGAAGGAUCGUGGUGCAGGCACCAAAAAGCUGGAAAAGCUGGUCCUAGUUCUAAAAUGGGGUGGCGAGUUCACCCACGCCGCUCUUUACCAAUCUAGGGAUCUAGGGGAAAACAUGAGAAGAGAUAUAUCUAUUAUGACGGAGAUCUUUGCCGCAGCUCUCUUGACGCCAUCCAGUACCCAGCAUGCAAGCUCUGUCGCUGCUCAGAACCAGCAGCCAGUGAUGAUAUCCAGUCCGAUCAACAUUGCUCCGUCAACCUCUGCGUCAUCGUCUAGGGAAUCAGGGAUCCUUGGCUCUCUGACGUCCUUUGCCAACUCAGUGGUUCACGGAUUACCAGCGACAUUCUCUACCUCUGUUCAGACAGAGGAGCCGACCCCACCCGUAUCUCGAACUUCCACUCCACUAUCUGUACCAGGAAAGGACACGGAGAAGAAAUCGACUGCAUUGGAGCUCAUAAUUCGAAAGGACUUGCUCGAUGACUCGAACGCUGCCAAAGACCUAAUGGAUGAGGUCAAGAAGCGCUUGAAGAUCCUAUUGCGGCCGGGCGAACCGGAAAGGAGACCCCAACUCACCUGGCCGAAGAAUCUCAAGAAAGAACCGGUUGAGGUUGUGGCGGUUUGUAUCUCACUUGAGUUGAUAGAAUUCAGCACUGACCCUCAAAGUAGGAAGUCAUCGAGCUCUUGUCUGGGUUUAGAGAAGGAACGCUGGGAAAAGUUGUUCGAAGACUUUUGUGACGUAAAGCAGGAAAAGUUUGACCCUUCAAGAGUAAGUCGCCUUGCUUCCUUUACGUUAUUCACAGCCCUAACGGCCUUCAAGAUAUCCGAGCUGUACGAUACUCUAAAGUAUUGCGCGUUACAUCAUCGAGGUUUCCUUUUUACCGUGUUCGGAGAGAAGCAAGAGUUCGAACCUGCUGACAAAGACAGUCCACCUCGACAGAGAAAGUUGCAUGAGCUGUAUUCGCGAGCAAAGGCGUUGUUCGACCUUGUCGCACCGCAGGAGUAUGUAGUGACCUUUAACAGGGAGGAAAUCGGUGUGCUCACAUCCCUUCCCCUCUUGCGCAAGAUUGUGGAAGAUUUGGAAGCCGCUCGAAACAGCGGCGACUGUUCACUGAACCUUUAUUUUACUAAGGAAUCUCAUAUCCAUACACUUCUCAAUCUUAUACUUUCAUCUGGACUACCAAUCGCAAAUCCCAAGAUCCCGGAACUGGACUAUUGCGUACGUCACAAUCCCAUCUGCGUCUGA